AUGGACUUUGUCCCACCGACAGGGAUGAAGUGUUCCCUGAGGCUGGAGGAGACAUUAAGAAAGCAGCUGAUUGAGACCUGUGAUUCACUUUUCUGCUUUUGGUGUUUUCACAACAUUUUUGAUUUUGGGUGGCUUUGUUUCACCAUCUAUCCUAAGAUUGUCAGGUGUAGGAAGUCGGGAACAAAUGCUCCUCAUCCCCACGGUGGGCCUGGGCAGGAGGGCCAUGGCCCCCUUCCCAGAGCAGCAGGUUCCUUCCUCCCCCCGACAGAUGGCAACAGCCUGUUCGACUCCAUGGCCAGCGGCAUGCGUCUGGUGGUCAGCUGCAUCUCCUCCUUCCUCAUCUUGUCGCUGCUGCUCUUCAUGGUCCACCGGCUGCGCCAGAGGCGCCGGGAGCGCAUCGAGUCCCUGAUUGGAGCCAACUUGCACCACUUCAACCUCGGCCGCAGGAUCCCCGGCUUUGAUUACGGCCCAGACGGGUUCGGCACAGGCCUCACCCCGCUGCAUCUUUCUGACGACGGAGAAGGCGGGACCUUCCAUUUCCACGACCCUCCGCCUCCCUACACAGCUUACAAGUACCCAGACAUCGACCAGCCCGACGACCCCCCGCCGCCCUACGAGGCCUCCAUCGACCCGGAUGGCAUGUUCUAUGACCCCGCAGACGACGAUGCUUUCGAGCCCCCGGAGACCAGCCUGCCAACCCCAGGGGAUGGUGGCAGUGAAGCUUCGUUGUCCCGGUGCCUGGAACAGCCUCUGCGCACUUCGGGGGCCUCUCUGGCAGACCUGGAAGACUCCGCCGACAGCAGCAGUGCCCUGCUCGUGCCCCCCGACCCUGCCCAGAGUGGGAGUGCCCCGGCUGCAGAGGCACUGCCAGGGGCCGGCCGCCACAGCCGCAGCUCCCUCAACACCAUGGUAUAGACGGCCCGGCCCGUGUCCAGCGGGCUGUGAGCACCCGUCUGCUGUCAAAACACCAGUCCCUGUGGGAAACUUGAAGGACCCAGCCUCAGCCUGGACCCCCGCACUGCAGCACACCCGCCGACCGCAGGCCAGGGAGGAGCGCUGCACCGAGUCCCUGAGGGCUCCAGAGACACGCAGAGCUGUGGGCCACCUUCUCCUUUUCAGGUGGCGGAAGAGUGAUGGAGUUUGCUCAGACCACGUGCUUCAGAGGCAGGGAAGAAGGCACUGUGGGCCGUGGCCGGACGGCACUCGGCGGGCUCGCUCGUGCAGUGCGCGUCCAGAGAAGUCUGCCAGCCGCACCGAGCCCUGGGGCGAGCUGGGCAGGGGCUGCCAGGACUGCCCCCCUGGCCCCAUCAGGACGGCACUUCUGACUGUCCGCAUGGUGUGGCAGGGAUCUGCUUCAGGGGAGACGGCCCCGCGGGCCCGGCUAUGAGCGUCAAGGUGACCCUGCCCUGGGCCAGGGCUGGCCCGGGCCUGGCUCCUGAGAAGGGAGCUUGGAAGGAGGUUGACCUCUCGGCUCUGUCUUCACAGCUGGGCCCCACGAAGCUCAGCUCUGUGGCAGGAAGCCCGACGCCCCCCCACUGGUGUCCCCCGCAGUGCUGUGUGCGGCUCGCCUGGAGUCAGGCUGAGGCCCUGGAUGCCGGGGGUGCUGGGGCCUGAGCCAGCUCCUGUCCACACUCUGGCGCUCUGGGCCCCGCCCCUGUUGAAUGGUCCUUGGGCUUGGCCUGCUCCUCCCCGCCUCAUCUGUGCCAUAAAGGGUUGUUUCUGGGGGGCGGGUGGCUGAACCGACAUCCCGGGCUGUGUCCAUCUCCCGAAAGUCCACUCCCUGCGCCACCGCCACCGCCGAGCCCAGUGGCCACAUGCGCCCCCGCCCCCCUCAGCAGCGCUGGGUGCUUGGUUCCCUGCCUGGGGGCCUUUUGCCCGAGGGACCCUGUUGCCUGCUCCUGGACCGCGUCUUGUGUCCUGACACGGGGCCUUUAGCAUUUCUGAGGUUUGGAGAUUAAGCGGGUUCUGUGCGAUUUUUAGCACAUGCAUAUCUUUUCUACGUUGAAUGUCUGGAUCCGUGUUUGUGUGCACGAGUGUGUGCGUGCGUGCGUGUGUGCGCGUGUUUGCAGGCGAUGGGGUGCGCGGGAACUUGGCUCUCCUGGGCCGCUGCGUCUGCCCUGCCCUCUCCCUGCUCCGUGUCUCGCUCGAGGUCUUUCCCCACCACGAGGACAGCUGUGCAGAGGACCGGCGGGAGCAUGCGCUGCUGUGCAGUGACGGACUCUGCGCAGUCCAGGCACGUUCUCAGGCCCGUUUUGUCCAUCCCGUGAGGACUGAGACUCCACAGCUGCCCACAGACUUGACCUUGUGCCAGAGCUAUGAGUUUCGUCACUGAACUGCCUGUCCUGGAGGCCGCGUGCGGUGAGGCCCGCUCCCCUGGCUGAAGGGCUGCUACUUCCCAUGAGAGUUGAGUCCUGGCCCCAGGGGCCGUGCCCAGCUGCUGAGGACAAAGCAGGAAGCGCGUCCUGCCCCCACUGCGCCAGGUUUCAGAGCAGCAGUCUCGAGUGAUGCUGGUACUGGGCGACCGGCAGGCGUCCUGAGGGGCGUCAGGACCUGUGUGCGGUGAGGGCAGCUGGCACGAGAUGUGUGGGGCUAGGAAGCUACCUUUGGGGACCGAGAGACUGUUGGGGCCAGUCAGGCGUCCAGCAGGCGGUGAGGAAGGGGCCCAGAGUGGACCACGGAGGCUGCCGACCGUCGGCUCGCUCCAGACUGUCAGGCUGGGCCCAAGGGUGCACUCUGGUCGCCAGGGGUCCCUCCCCUCGUCAGGCCUCCCCACGAGCUCAGCCCAGUGGCGGCCUGGGCUGGGCAGAAGGCCUGCGUGCAGAGCUGGGGCCUGCCCGUCUGCCCCACGCUAUCACCCAGAGUGCCACCCUUUGCAAGACCUUCCAGUCCUGGCCAGGCUGGGAAGAGUCCUGAGGUGGCCUUUGUUGAGGCUGGAGCUCCUGGGAGGGGUGCCCUGCCCUCUGGGACCCCGGAGGGACGGGGGAAGGGACAGGCACGCUUCUGGGAGGGCCGCCUCCCUGGCACUGCCCUGCCGCUGUUCUGAGACCAGGUGCCCUCUGACCUGCCUUGAGAGGUGGAAUUUGAUACUGUACAUUGUCUCAAUGCCUGUUUUUUAUGUUUUCCUUUCACUAAGGGUUUUUAGUUUGGGUUUAUUUUUGGUUGGGUUGGCACUAAUUCUUUUCCUAAGAUGCUGUGAGAACCAUUUCAUCCAAAUGCCAAAUAAACUUG